CUGAGGAGGACAAUUUACCAAACGAUCAUGUCGACUCUUAAUUUCGAGGAAGCAGGGCAUAAACUAGUCCAAAUCCGACUCGAACCGGGUCAAGAGAUGGAGCUAUGCGUUAUGAUCCUCGAAUGUUGCGCUGAGGAGAAGACUUAUCGUUCCUUCUAUGAGGAAGACACAACAUCUUCUUCCCGUAUCUUUCUCAAGAUUCUUUUCCAAGAACUCUCUGAGCAAAUGGGAAUGAGAGCUUUGAAUGAGAAGCUUCAGGAUCCGACCAUGGAGGAGACUUUCGAGUCAAUCUUCCCAAAGGACCAUCCUAAGAACAUGAGGUUCUCCAUCGACUUCUUCACCUCCAUUGGACUUGGGGACAUCACUGAAAAACUCAGGCAGCUCCUGAUAAAGCGUCAGAGGAUUAAUAGAUGAGACGGAGAAGACUAAAAGAAGAGGAGGUUAAUUAGUGUAAAAGCUCUUUUACUAAUUUUUAUUGUCUCUUUAUUUGAUUUGAAGGGUCUAAAUAGAAAAUCAAAUAAAGGUUUUUCAUAUCGAUUGCCUCGUUUUUUUACUUUGAUGAGCUAACAAAAAUUCAAAUAUGUUUUAAAGCUAUGAUUUUAGUAUUUGGACACAAUAUCUUUUUAGUUCAAUCCUUUUUGUAUCUACUGAUGCUUUGUUGAGCCUAAUUUAUGUUCAAGCUCAAAUUAGAGUAAGAACAAACAUAAAAUUGCCACCAGGAUGAUAGAAAGCUUAACUAACACCUCUGUCCAGACUCUAAUCAUGUAGUACAAGUUGUGAUUCAAUAGAGAAUGAAGCUGGAAGAAAAACAUAGCAAAGAUCAACUACAGGGCUCAUGUUCUUGUCAGAUAAGAGACUGAAACAAGAAAGUAUCAAGAAUCAUGCCGAAUCUAGAAUCACAUAUUUGUAAGCAUUAGUGCAGAGCCACAAAGAAGGGACUCUCAAGUGCUGCUGCUAUACGCUCUUUAUCGCCUAGUUGUUUAUUGACUGCAAUUUUACACCAAUUUGAGAAUCAGACUGGAACAUUUAUUCCAACUACAAACCAAAACUGUUAUAAACAAGAGUAGUUUGAAAUAUUGUACCUGCAGCCUCAGUUGCAUGACUCCCUGGUGCUACUCUAACAUCAACCUAAACACAAAUAUGCGCAAAAUUAACAAAGAGAGUUAAUCACAUUCAGUUAGCUUUCCACUAAUUGGGUUUGAUGAACUAAUAAAGAUUAAAAGAUAUUUCAAAGUUAUGAUCCUAUGACUUCUAUUACCAUAAAUUAGCUUUCCACUAAUGUGAUAUUAUUUUAUAUCUAUUGUUGCUUUGCUAGCACCUAAAACAUAAUCUUCCAGCUUAAUUGGUUACAAGUAGAAAUAUUGCCAAUGGAGAAACCUCCAUGUUCAUAAUUUUAACAAGAAACUUGUCUAGAGAGAUCGAUAUUUGAGUAUAGCAUGAAAGUGUGAUUAAAUAUUAGAGAAUGAAGCUGAAGAAACACAAUAAAGAUUACAAGCUCUAGUUCUGAAGUAUGGUAUAUUCAUAUAAAGAUAUACUGAAAUAAGAUUAAAUCCUAAACGGAUGUGCCAAAACUAGAUGGAUCCAAAAUCACAUAUUUGUAAGCAUUAGUUGAAAAGAUCCACAAAGUAGGGACUCUCAAUUGCUGCAGCUAUACGCUCCUUAUCGCCUAAUUGUUUAUUAACUGCAAUUUUCACCAAUUUAAUAAUCAGUCAACUUUGAUCUCAAAAAAAAAAAAA